UUCUAACAUGGAGAGCGCAUAUCUAGAAAUCUCCAGAAGUUCGACUGCUGUUGAAACUUCAGUGUUAGGAUACAAUGAUUCGAAUAGCCCUAAGAAGCUAUCUCGAUUACAGAAAGUGGCUCAAAAGAAAAAGCAACUCGAAUCGUACACAAGAGAGAAGAAACUGGAACGACUUAGUCAUCACAGCCAGUGCAAGGUAUGCAACUGUCCUGGUUGGAAACCUUGUAGCACUUCAAGAAAACAAGCAGUCUCUGUGAAAAUGGAUGAUCCUUGUCGUCAGUGUGCUCAUUCUGUAGAACUGCAUUUGGCUCACCUAGCAAGUGUAAAUGAAAGGAAAUUGAACGAACUGUUCUUUUUGGUUUCGGACGUUGAGGCAGUUGCCAUUGUGCUUCAACGAUGCGAAGAUAGCUUUACACACAAGGUACACAGUAGCAUUUUGCAGUUGCUCAGGAAAUGUCUGAGUCAACAACAGACAGGAGUAUCACUGGAAAGCAUGACGGGAUUGCCACCGUUUGAAACACCAACAAUAGACACUGCUGUUCGUAAUUUUUUAAGCGAGAAGUAUGGCUACUUGCCUCUACCUCAGAACCAAAUCAUCUCUAGUGUUGCUAAGAUGUUUCUGUUUUUUGUAAAUCGCUGGAAACUUGAGCCUCCCAUAAAGUAUUUACAACACGCUGAUCCCAUUGAUGAAGCUGCAUAUAAGUCAAUGUAUGAAAAGUGGCUCUGUUGGUGCAUUGUUCCUAUGUCCUGUGUUUCUCUCCCAUCACGGGAGUCUUCACACUUGUUUGGUCGCACAUUUAUCAAAGCCAUAUUUCCCUUCUUGUGUGAGCAAAUAAUUAUUCAACUGCAGUCUGGACGGUUCACCUCGCAUGACAAUCGGCCUGUUAUGCUUGCAACUUUUCCCAAAUUUCUUGAAGAGUUCAAGCAAGAAGUGCUUAGUGAUCAUUCUCAGGUGUGGAAACCAGACUAUCAACCAACAUCUGUGCAUUUUACAGAGAUAAUGCCAGAGGAAGACAAUAGCGUCAUAGACAGGGCAAGUUUGGAUGCUUUACCACAGGAACAGACAGCUCUUGCCGAUAUUCUGUUAGAAGAUCAGAGUCAUGGUAGCAGGUCUGGUGUAGUACAUCAAGAGGAAUUGGGUAGUGAAGAUCACCUAGUUGAUGUCCUGAAUGACAGCAACGACUUGCUGAAUUUGUCUCUGCAGUCAGCUGAUUCAUUUGGUUCGCUUCCUGACUUAGACAUUGAUGAGCUACUAGCUGGUGACUCAUCUGUGUUUAAUGACAAUGUUGGCCUUGGUAGAUUACAUGAAGAUUUGAGAGAUCUUGGGGCAUUAGAACUCAAUGAAGAAGUGUCUCAGGUGGAUGUGUCAUUGCCUUCGUCAAGUCUCAAUGUGUCGGAUCCUGCUACAAGUGUCUCAUCAGCUACCAAUGCGACCCUGCCUGAAACCUUACAACUUGCACCAUCUACAAGUAUAUUGGAUGUUUCACUGACCGAAGGAAAUGAAGAAGAUGUAUUGACUAAAGGAUUAGAAGAGCACAACAAGGAGUGUAGCAUCUCACCUGAAAUUGUGUCACCUAGCAAACGAAUGAGACUCGAUAGCAUGGACAAUGAAACUUCAUGCAUCUUGGCUAAGGUCAUCUCUACAACAAGUGAUCCUGAUGAGUUGCUUGGACCAGAAUCCUCAGGGAAUGGAGCUCAAACAGCUCGGGAUGAUUUGGCAAGAGAAGAGGAGAGACAUAGUAUUAUUUCUUUUCGUAUCAUUGGAAAUUCUUCUGGUCUUCUGCCGGUGCCACGACAGGAGGUGGAUCGUCGGCAGCAUCUUGUGUGGCUAAUUCAACUCAGGAAUGUGUUUGCACGUCAGUUGCCUCGCAUGCCUCAGGAGUACAUUACUCGGCUUGUUUUUGACACGAAACAUCGAUCAAUGGUGUUGAUCAAGGAAAACAAUGUUGUGGGAGGGAUAUGCUUUCGCACCUUUCUCAGUCAAGGCUUUUCCGAAAUUGUCUUCUGUGCCGUGUCAUCAAAUGAACAAGUCAAGGGGUAUGGUACACACAUGAUGAAUCACUUGAAAGACUACAGCAUUAGAUAUGGGGUGUACCAUUUUCUGACUUAUGCUGAUGAGUAUGCCAUUGGGUACUUCAAGAAGCAGGGCUUUUCAAGGGAAAUAAAAUUACCCAAAGCUACAUAUUAUGGUUACAUAAAAGAAUACGAUGGGGCUACUUUGAUGGAAUGUGAAUUGAACCCUGCUAUUCCACACACACAACUAUCUAUCAUUAUAAGACGACAAAAGGAGGUUUUGCAUGAACUGAUUGAGAAGAAGCGGUCAAAGAAGAAAGUUUAUCCUGGUCUGACAUGCUUCAAACACAAAGUUCGAAAGAUACCAAUUGAGAGCAUUCCUGGUGUUUUGGAGUCAGGUUGGAAGCCUCCUGAUAGUCACAGCACUGAAUAUGUGGGUGAAGAGCCUGCAGCUUUGCAAUCACGUAUCAGACAAAUGUUCAAUGAGGUCAAGAGUCAUCCACGUUCUUGGCCAUUCCGUAGACCUGUAGAUAGAGAAGAAGUUCCAGACUACUAUGACAUCAUACGAUUUCCAAUGGAUUUACAAACCAUUGGACAACGAAUAAGGUCUGGCUACUAUGUGAGUCGAAAACUAUUUGUAGCAGAUGUGACACGGAUGUUAAACAACUGCAUGACAUACAAUGAUUCAGAUACUGACUACUAUCAGUGUGCAGUAGUUUUGGAGAAGUUCUUUGCAUCAAAGAUAUGUAACUGGUAAACACAGCAUAGUGACUGAAAUGUUACGCCCGUAAAUAUCAACAUAUUUAAAUUACAAUUAUUGAACU